AAAGGGAUUCGGCAGACAGGGGCUGUGGCUGGUGCUGGAUAGUCGGACUGGCCUCGGCGGUGGGGGGUUCGGGGGCUAUGAAAUGGCGGAACGCGGAUAAAGGUAGGGGACAGUCGCGGAAGGACGAAAAGAGGGGCGAUGGACGGAGGUCGAGAGUCGCGGGUUGGCUCACUCUGCGGCUCCCGCCGCUCGGGAGCAGACACGCGGGGCCAAAGACUAAUUUGAACCUAUUUUAUUAACAAAAACAAAAACAUACAUAUUUGUAAAUAAUACUAAAUAACACGCAAAUAAUACACAGCAACGUCUCCAAAGAAGUCUCUCUUACCUUACUCUUUAAAAAAAGGAAAACUCUUAGACCGCUGUAAAGCAAAAUAAAAAAAAAAAUAAAUAAACGAAAAGAGAAUAUCAACAACAACAAUACAAGAACACGGAACCGCAUAACGACAAAGUAAACUAUUUCCAGUCCCUGUAAAUCGUUACGAAGCCUGUAUACGCGCGAAGAGAAGGACACGAGGAUAAAUUGGGAAUCAAAAAAAGAAAGAGAGAGAGAGAGAGGGAGAGGGAGAGAGAGAGGGAGAGAGAGAGAGAGCGAGAGGAGCGAAGAGGAUUAAGGAUCGACUGUUUGCCGAGGCUACCACCAGGUCGGGAAGUGUGCGAACGCAGCGAGGAAAGAGCAGCAGGUGAGGCGCGAGUGGCGAAAAAGGGAAGGCCAAACGCGAGGAAAGGGCAACGUGAGGAAGAGGAAUACAAAAAGGCAGCCGAGGACGUAAGAACGCGCGAGGGGCGAUCGUAAAUACGCGUGUCAGCCGCGGGGCGAAUCUCGUUUUUUAAGUUCUCUCUGUACUCUGUGUGAUUACAUUAUUUUGUCCCUCCGGGUGGGGACGGGUUCAGUGUUGUAACUUAGGAUAUAAGACGAAUAAGAGCUCCGGAACGCACAACAUACUUACAAAAAAAAAAAAAAGAAUCCAAAGGAAAGAGGGCUAGAGAGAAAGAGAGAGAGAGAGAGAGAGAGAGAGAGAGUGAGAGAGAGAGAUUGAUUGAUUGAUUGAUUGAUUGAUAUAGGGACAGAACAAACGAAGGAGAGUGCGUGCGUGUGUGCCUGUGUGCGUGUCUGCGGGGCGAGAGAGUCAGAGAGAUUCGGAGAAAGGAGGACUGUAUCGCAACGUCGUGUGACGAAAGUCGAAGAGGGUCAAGAAGGGUGGAAAGGUGAAGAUCGCGAGAUAGAGAAUCGUUCCGGUAACCCGUGGUGUAUCUAACGCAAAUCGGGGGCUCCAGUUUUCUAUACUAGCACAAAGAAGCUUGUCAAGAGAAGAAAGAGAGGGAGUAAGGUGUAAGAAGCGAGAAAAAUAUAAAAGGUCUUCGGUCGUAAUCUCGGGGUUUACCGUCAAUCUCCACGUGUGUCGUAGCCGUGUGAACGUCGCGUUAUUCGCUCCGCGGGUACUCGUCGAGUUCAUCGUUCGCAAACUCGAAAGCAAACCCGACUACGAACCGAGGGUAGACAGGUGUCGAACGGACAAGCUGGCUCGCGUACACGAUCCUUCGGGGGAUAUGUCCUGCCGUUCUAAGGGGAACCACUGCCCACGUGCACGAGCCUCACGCAGAGGGCAACGUCAAGCGAGUCGUAUUUCCAUCCUAGAACCCGGCAGCAAGCACUCCUGACAAAAAGAGUGCCCCCGCAGCCUGUCACGGUCCAGGAUCGCGAACACCGACCACGGUCGAGUCGCCGUAUCAGCCGCACGCACGUCCAGACACACGAGGAGCCCGGGGAUGCCAGCGAGGGCACAGCAACGAUCGCGGUUCGCGUACGUUCAGGGACGAUGACGAUCGGCCACGAUCGUUAAGAUCCAGGAAGCGGUAGCUCGGACGAGCGCCACGGAAAUGGCGGGCUACAAUCAUUCGAAUCCACAGCGUGUCGUCUAUCACGCGACCUACCCGACGCCGCUCGCACCAAAUGGGGAUCCGAUAAAACUUCCGGAAAAUUUGGAGACCCUGCCACGAGCCGAGCAUUUUCCAACUCAGAGGCACCGAUGGAACACCAACGAGGAGAUCGCCGCCAUUCUGAUAAGUUUCCAAAGGCACGCGGAAUGGCAAAGUCGGGAGGUGAAGGUGCGACCGCGCAGUGGUUCGAUGUUACUGUAUUCGAGAAAGAAAGUCCGUUACCGGCGGGACGGUUAUUGCUGGAAGAAGAGAAAAGACGGCAAGACUACACGGGAGGAUCAUAUGAAACUGAAGGUCCAGGGGGUCGAGUGCAUCUACGGCUGUUACGUGCACUCGGCAAUCCUUCCGACGUUUCAUCGGAGAUGUUAUUGGCUACUGCAGAAUCCAGACGUCGUUCUCGUUCACUACUUAAACGUUCCUUACCCGGACGGUGAUGCAAAGCUAGCGGCGCUGCCACCGUGUCUCGCACUGCCGCCAGACAAGAAAGAAUGGACGCGAGACGAGCUGGCUUCGCAACUCAGACCCAUGUUCCUCGGUGGAGAUGACGAUCCGAACAAUCCUCAUCUCACACAACACUCGAAUCAUCCCGUCGACAUGAUAGUUUCGCAACUGUUGGACAGGCAGCGAGCGAACUCCACUUCCUCCACCACCAGCACUCAGCUUGCACCUAGGAGACUAACACCGGACAAUCAGGUUUCCUCGACUACCGGAGGUCAGCAAACGUCGACAACAGCCUCACCGGCUCCCCGCGUAUACUCAAGACAUUCCCAUACGACUCAAAGCCAACAGCCGGCUCCUCUAGUGUUAAGUUUGCAACAGAUUCAAGGCGGCGGCGGUCUUCUGAUACUCAACAGCCAACCGUACCAUCACCAGCAGCAGCAGCAGCAACAACAACAACAACAGCAGCAGCAGCAACAACAACAACAGCAGCAGCAACAGCAGCAAAGCCAACAAGUGGAGAUGCAACAGGUCACGGAGCAACAAAUCGUACAACAGACGAGCGUCGACAGAGAACAACAGACCCAACAGGAGAUCGACGCCCAGGAGAGUAUGGAUCGCUCCUCGGUGCAAACGUUGCCAAUUGGUGGCGCUGGCACAGAGGUCACCGAUUUCGCCGAGACCUUGGAUCUAAGUCAAGAGGACAUCCAGCGAACGUUAUCCGCCAACAUGGUGCCACCUUCCCCGUCGCCGUCACCGGCGGACAAUAGCAUGAUCAACCCGAUGGACUUCAUCGACUCGUCGGACGACGUUCUGGUUAAUUUAGACGCGUUCGACGUGUUUGGCGAUCUACCGGAGCUGCACGAUUUCGAGGCCGAACAGACCAAGGCCGAGGGGAGAGGCGAAUCCGAUAACGACGUGGGAUGUCAUCCUGGAACAACCGUCCAUAUUGCGGAGUAUAGUCCGGAGUGGAGUUACACCGAGGGUGGUGUGAAGGUAUUGGUUGCUGGCCCCUGGACCGGUGGCAGUAACUCUCAAUCGUAUUCGGUGUUGUUCGACGCUGAACCGGUUGAAGCCUGCUUGGUGCAGCCAGGUGUCUUGCGUUGCCGUUGUCCUGCUCAUGCUCCAGGCAUAGCGUCUCUUCAGGUCGCGUGCGACGGGUUCGUCGUCUCUGACAGCGUUGCCUUCGAGUAUCGAAGAGCACCGACGUCCGAGCCAAGUCCAGAGAGAGCUCUCUUGGACCGUUUGGCGGACGUGGAGUCUCGUCUUCAGGGGCCUGGUCCACCGUCGCCCGCGGUUCACUUGGAAGAGCGACUAGUCGCGUAUUGUCAGGAUGCUGUUGUCCGUCCGUGGCGAGCCGGAGCGGAACCGUUACAAUCCGGUGGCCCUACCCUGUUGCAUUUGGCCGCUGGAUUGGGCUACUCCAGGUUAGCCUGCGCCCUCCUCCACUGGAGAGCGGAAAAUCCUAGUAGCGUAUUAGAUGCCGAAGUUGAUGCCCUCAGGCAAGAUAGCGCUGGUCUUACGCCACUUGCUUGGGCUUGUGCCGCGGGACACGCGGAUACUGCCAGGAUAUUGUAUAGAUGGAACGCGAUGGCGCUUCGUGUGAGGGAUUGCCAGAAUAGAAGCGCGACCGAGUUAGCGGCGGAGAACGGCCACACGGCGAUCACGGAAGAAUUAAAUCGACUCGAAGCCAGAAGGCAAGACGAGAGGCUUUUCUUGCGACCGGCCAGCCCUAGCCCUAGGAGGCCAUCUCAAGACAGCGGUCUCGAUCUGGCGUUGUGUUAGUCUCGUUUGCUAUUAUACUGCCCUCUUCCGUAUAUACACGCACAUACAUUCACGUCCGCACGUAAAUCACAAGUGCUCCCGACCACCUCACCCCACUUACACCCCCCGCGCCAUGAAUACCCCCGCCCCCUCUGCCACCACCAAGAACCCCCCUCUGUA